UUGCAUUCAGUAUGUCAAGAUGAUUACAGAGAAAGAAAGAGGAGAGAACUGUGGGAAGGAAGAAAGCUAAGAGACAGAAGAAAAGAACAUAUCCUUUCUACUCCAAAGAAGUGGGUUGUGAUUCUCCCACUUCCCUGCACACAACUUUAUGUAUUCUUUUCACGGUCUUUGUGGCUGUGAGAGGUCCGAGGCAUCCAUUAUCGUGCCCUUCCUAGUCCUUAAAAAGGAGACCCAACGUAACCUCACAUGCAAAGCCUACUCCCUUCCGGCUCAUAAGAAGCACCGCCCGGGCAGAUGCCUUCCCCAUAGGGAUCAGCUCGAGCAAGAGCUCAGACAGAGUCUCCACUCCCCCCCCACUCCCUGAGAUGGCAUCGGGUUGGACCGCGAAGGAGAACAAGACGUUCGAACGGGCCCUCGCGGUGUACGACAAGGACACCCCCGACCGCUGGCACAAUAUCGCCCGGGCCGUCGGCGGGAAGACGGCGGAGGAAGUGAAGCGCCACUACGAUCUGCUCGUGGAGGACAUUCGCCGCAUCGAGGCUGGCCAAAUGCCGUACGUCCAUUACAAGUCCCCCGGCAGCAGAGGUUGAAGUAUUUGGAGCUUAAUUGGAGCACAAACUAGCAUGCAGUAGCUUUGUCUAUGUGAAGCAAUAUGGCCAUUUCUCUUCUCUGGGCAUCAGUUAUUAGAAUGUUAUUCGACUAUAUGAAGACCAAAUCUCUCUGAACUCAGUAUCAGUUUCUCUUAUUUAGUUUUCUUUCUCCCUUCUAUCAUGUACUCUAUAGAGACAUCGUACUCUUUAAAGGCUACCGUUAUUAUAGGCAUAAGAGGUAUGCUUGCUUUGUAAUAUUUGGCUUAUAUAACCAUACCGAGUUACAUUAUAUGCAUACCCGAGUGAUCUGCAGGGGCACCUAAUGAGGUUCCACAGCAUCAAAAUUUGUCUAUUUGAUGAUAAAUUACCAUUAAUUUGAAGGUAAAAGAAAUGCUAAAACGAAUAUGCACAGAGCAGUGAAGACAAGUUUCCGAUGUUGCAAGUAUGGAGGAGACAAGCGUUUGAUGAAAUAGACCACAACCCAAUGGCUCGAGCUUGGUAAGCCCCAUCGUUACCAAGACAAGUUUUGCUGGAUCCUGCUCUCACUUUUCUGCAAGUCAAGAUCUCCGGAUCUGAGACGGCGAUUUCAAGAACUAGCGGA